CGAAUGAAAUGGAGGAAUAUUGAUUCUAUAAUUUACAAUACUUUGUAAAAAUAAAAUUUUAACGAAUAAUAUUAAAUUGAAAAACUUUUGUGAACGUUUGUAUAAAACAGGUGUGCAUUGGAUUUAAAUCUAAAUACAGGUCUAAACAUGGCUCCAGAUUCUUCUACUUUAAGCAGCAUUUGUGUAGGUAUUGUCUGCAUAGUAACUGUACGCAAAGUCCUGCCAUGGCUCUACACAAAUAUUAUUGGCCCCAUUUUCCUUGGAUCGAGAAUCGAUUUUCGUCGAUUUGGAGCUUGGGCUGUUGUCACGGGUGCCACGGAUGGAAUUGGAAAGGCUUACGCUAAGGCGCUUGCUAAGAAGGGUCUUAAUGUAGUACUAAUAAGUCGUUCACUAUCGAAAUUGGCGGCUGUAGCCAAAGAAAUAACCGAUGCUCAUAAUGUGCAAAUAAAAAUCAUCGACAUUGAUUUCACUGAUGGUCCCCAAAUAUAUCAGAAAAUUGAAAAGAAUAUUACAGGUCUUGAUAUUGGCGUACUUGUUAAUAAUGUUGGCAUCAGUUAUUUAUAUCCAGAAUUUUUUAUCGAGUAUAUUACUCGUUACCCACAAUUCUUACGUGAUAUUAUAUCAGUCAAUAUACAUUCAGUUACUAAUAUGUGUGGUCUAGUACUUCCCAAUAUGAUUGCAAAAAAGAAAGGUGUCAUCAUUAACUUAUCAUCUACUGCUGCUGUAAUACCAUAUUCCUUACUCAGUGUAUACAGCGGUACUAAGGCGUUUGUUGAUAAAUUCAGUGUAGACUUGCAAACAGAAUAUCGGAAUCAAGGAAUUAUAGUGCAAAGUGUACAACCGGGUUUUGUUGCAACGAAUAUGGCAAAAAUCCGAAAAUCUACACUGCUCGCUCCAUCUCCAGAUACUUAUGUAGCUUCUGCUUUAAAAACAGUUGGCAUUGCUAGACAAACGGCUGGUUACUUGCCACAUGCACUACUGCAAUUGAGAAUUCACUUAUUGGGUGCCGUUGCCGGUGACCAGAUGGCCAGAAAUUUUAUUUUCAACUUCUUUUCCGGCAUGCGAAAGCGCGCUUUGCGUAAUUCAGAAAAAAAGAAAUAAAUUUCUUAAAUAUGUACAAAAAUAAUUUAAAUACGUAGAGCUUUUGUUACCAAAAGUUAAUUUAAUAUGACUUUAGAUUACCAAAUAUUUCAACCAAAUAAAUUAUUUUUAUGAAAUUAUUUAUAAGAUUAUGUAUAUAAAAAUUUUCUUGUAAAAACAAUUUAAUUAUAUUCGCUAUGGAAACUUUAAAAGCCGCUGGAUUAAUAAAUGUU